GAGUUGCCAUUAACCCGGUUCGCCAAGUCUAAGCUCUUCUCACUUCACUCUCUCUCUCCUACUCAUACACACACAACAAUGGCGGCACUGAAGCUUUUCCUCUCCCAAGCUCGCCGCCACCAUUUCCUCUUCAAACACCCUUCGCGCUUCCACUCCCCAUUCUCCCUCACCUCUCACAGACCCCUCUCUUCUUCCUCGCCACUACCACAAGAUCAACAAGACUCACCGAACCCACCACAAGACCCUCCUCAAAGGAGACCCUCCUUCCAAUCCGUCCCAAUCCAGCCCGUUUCCUACCCUCUCAAACCCAAAGACCCGGCACCCCAACAAACCGAAUCCUCAGAGCCUCAGUUCCCCCGCGAACGCCCGCCCCCGCCUCCUCCUCGCCGCCCGGUGUCGGCCGAGGGCCAGGAGGAGUCGCAGCGGGGAUGGACAAGGGAGGACAUUCGGUACGUGAAGGACGCGCCUUCGAUUGAGCCGGUUUCUUAUGCUCCGAGAGUGGCGCCGCUGCCGGAGGAUAAGGUCGGCGAUGAUCCGGGUGUUGUGACCGCGGAAGAGAGGAAUGAGGAAGCGGAGAAAGAGAGGAGGAUGCUUGAGGUUGAGGAUGAGAUAAGGAAGAAGAUGGAGGAGGAGAAGAUGAAGGUGCCUUUUCCGAUGCUGAUCAUGCCCAAGCGCAAUGAGACUCCCCCUGUCCUUGAUUUGAACGAGGCCAUUCGCCAAGUUAAGGUCAGUGCCAAGGCAAAGUUUGAUGAAACUGUUGAAGCACAUGUAAGAUUGGGUAUUGAUUCAAAGCGAACAGAACUGGCAGUUCGUGGUACUGUGAUUCUGCCUCAUGGUGCUCCAAAGGCCGUCAGUGUGGCUGUUUUUGCAGAAGGGGCAGAAGCAGAAGAAGCUAGAAAUGCUGGAGCUGAUAUAGUUGGUGGCAAAGAACUUAUUGAGGAGAUUGCUAGUGGUAAUAAUAAACUUAAAGUUGACAAGUGCUUCUCAACUCCUGGAAUGGCACCUCAUCUUGGAAAGAUAGCACAAUAUCUUAGAAAGCGCAGGCUGAUGCCAGACAAGAAACUUGGUACUCUGACUAGUGAUAUUGCUGGUCAGCUGAAAGAACUAAGGCAAGGUCGCGUCGAGUUUAAGAUGGAAAGUAAAUCAAUUUUGCAUAUUGGAGUGGGAAAGGUAAGCUACAAAGAAGAGGCUUUACGAGAGAAUAUUGGCGCAUUUAUGAAUGCUGUUUUGCUUGCCAAGCCUGCUGGCUUAAAGAAGACUUCCAAAUAUGCUGGGUAUGUGCUUUCUGUCCAUCUAAGCAGCACGAUGGGGCCAGGAGUACCUGUUUCAAUACAAUCGCUAUCCAAAGCAGCCGAUAAUUACAGGAAAGUGCACGUGGUAUGAGGCAGUGGAUGAGGGGCUGUUAUUAUGGGCUCUCAACAUGACUUAUAAGUUUUGGUAACAAAAUGUUUGCUUAGUUUUUCUGUUUAUUACCUUGAUUUUAGGUGGUUUCAUUUUAGAUGUAUGUGUCAAUAAUUACUUGGAAUAGUGACAUUUUUGUGCGAACUAGUGACCUUGUAAAAUAUAGGUUACCGAAUUUGGUUUAAAGAAAAACAUUGAGCUGACGUUUUGGUCGCUAGUGUCCGGGUUUAGCUAGUGGCAUGCUUGCUGAUCUUUAAUCUUAAUGAUUUUUUUUUUUU